AUGGCUACUACUCCGAUCUUACGACACUUUGACCCAGAUCGGAAGACCACAGUGGUGGUGUACGCUAGUGAUUGGGCUAUCUUGGGAGCAUUGAUGCAAGAAUACAACCAGAUCUACUACCCUCUGACGUUUGCGAGCCGUACUCUGAAGUCGAAUGAGCUAAACUAUGGGAUCGCGGAGAAGGAAGUACUAGCCCUUCUGAGGAUCCUUGAUCUUAAUUACAAUGCGUUGGUCGGGCGUCCGAUCCGUGUGUUAACCCGACAUUCAACAUCUACGGCCUUACAAGGACGUUUAGGACAAUGGGCCGCUCUGUUGUCGUCUUGGACACUUGAGAUCACCAAGUGUGUCAAAGGAGAGGAUGAGGUCUUGGGAGCACUAGCAGCCAGUAUUACCCCUAGAUCCGAAGUGGAUAAGACGUUGAUCUCAAUCGCCCCCAAAAAGGAGCCAAGAGGUAAGAUCCAAGCUCCGAUCCCCACUAUCAGACGAGAUGAGGAGCUGUAUGUCGUCAGUUUCGAUGGAUCAGCCCGUGUCAAGAGAGGUGGAGGCGCCUACAGCGCGAUCGUGUGGAAACUUCCCGAAUGCUGCCCGAAGGGAGAAUCAGGGUAUUCCGAAGGCCUGACGGUGAAUGAGGCACAAUACCAUGGGUUGUUACUAUGUCUGGAUCUGUUGGAGGGUCUGGAUCCGCAGCGUCUGGUGAUCUGCGGAGAUUCAAACCUGGUGAUCCGACAAGUACAAAGUGAAAUCGAUUGUAAGGCACCGGGUCUGACACUGUUACGUCAGCGAGCCUUGGAUCGACUACGUACUUGGCCAGAUCAUGAGCUGUUACACGUCGACUUGGCUUCCUUGAGCACGGCUGACAGCCUAGCAAGUGAUGCGCUACAGCGGCAAUGUGGGAUCGAGAUAGAGUCUGAUGCAGAGAUUCAGGAACUCCUAACUUUAAACAGGUUGGAUGAGGUCCUGAUAGUGAAAGUCGAGGAAGAAAUCGUACGGGUAUCAGCGGUGACGACCCGAUCUAAGGCUAGAUCGGGAGUACGUGUGGGAUCUGAUCCAGACGCUUUACGAGAGGAAGGCGUGAGAGAGCUACGGAUCGAGCGGAUCCGACAAGUCGUGGACAUGGGUUUGAAGAAGUAUCUAAUUGGGGAGAUCAGGGAUCUGACACAAGAAGAGGCUAGAAUGUUCGGAUUCAUUGCCAUGAAUUACGAAGUGGAUCAGCGGGAUCUACUCUUCUAUUGCCCGACAUCUAAGGAAGCGGCCGCAGAUCGAGAUAAGUUGAUGCGACUGGGGGUCAUCAAGGGUUCGGUCGCACCUAUGAUCGGAUCCGUGAUCACUUCCACUGGAGAGCGAUAUGUGGGAGAAUAUGUCGACUGUGAAACAGGCAAAGGAAGCCCUCGGAUCCAGGGCGAGUCGCCUGGUAACCUUCGGGCAACGUACCCAUUUCAGAUCAUUGCCAUGGAUCAUAUACCCUCGCUGCCUAGAUCCUUCAACGGCAAUACCGAAUUGCUGAUUUUCGUGGAUCUAUUCUCAGAAUAUGUGAUCACCAAAGCUAGUGCCUCCAGAUCCGCUCAAACAAUCGCCGAGACUUACGAAGAAUGCGUCUUUCGUCGAUUUGGCGCGAGCGAGGUGAUCCGACAUGAUCGGGAGCCAGGCUUUAUGUCUGAUUUCUUUAAGUCGUUCAACAGGAUCCUGGGACAACGUCAGCGGGCUACUAUGGCAUAUAGACCCCAAGCCAAUGGAUCUGCGGAACGUAUGGUCCAGACAAAUACCAGGGCUCUUAAGAUGUACGUGGAAGCUCUGGAUCAACGAGAUUGGGAUGAGUACGCUGAACGACUCACCUUCGCGAUCAACACCGCAAGGGAUCAGAUUCGAGGCGAAACACCUUUCUAUAUGAUACAUGGCUGGGAUCCUAGAUCCACUCUGGAAGCCAUGAUCCCGGUGCGAAGCACUCGCAAGCACGAUCGAGAUCCAAGAAGGUGGCGGUAUCGGAUGCAGAAGUAUUAUCAGCAGGCCAGGGAACAGGUGAACCAACGCCUACGAGAAACGAUCGCGGAUCGGGCCGAUACGCAUAAUGAUCUAGCACGACCACAUCCUGUAGAGUCUGGAUCAAGGAUCGAGUGCGUGAAGGUUAUGCAAAAAAGCUGGCAGCACGGCCCAUUCCGCGUUGCCGAGAAGAUCGGCGAGUACGCUGUAAGGUUGGAGAUAGCAGGAUCCGCAUACAGCAUUGUCCCGGAGGUGCAUGUAUCGAAGAUCAAACUGAUCAAGAUAUUUCCAGAUCGACCAGUAAUUCGGCAGAACGGAUCAGAACAAGAUCGGGUGGACUUCGAUGAAGCUCUCCUACCAGAAGAUAGCUGGAACCAAGAUCGGGAUCCGGAUGAGUAUGAAGUAGAACGAAUUUCCGAUAUGAGAACUGGCAAGAGAACGAGAUAUGGCCUGAUCGACCGAGAAUUCCUGGUACAUUGGCGUGGAUAUGAAGAUCCGACUUGGAUAGACGAAGGAGAUCUCAACUGCGGUGCUCUUCUGUAUGAAUUCUUGCGAGAUCGUGCUAAUCUCAACCGUUUCGGUGUGAUGCAAUGA